AUGAAUUAUUCGAGCUGGCAGACAGUAAAAGGUGAUGAACUCGACCAACAUCAUCUUCGUCAACAGCACCAACAUCAUCACCAGCAGCAGCAGCAGCACCAACAGCAACACCACCAUCAGCAGCAGCAGCAAAACCAACAACAACAGCAGCAGCAUGCGCAAUUGCAACAACAAAUACCACAACUUCAAGCAGGACUGCUUUCAUUUAGAAGCCUGCCAGUAAAUGCAGCUGGAAAACCACAAUCAACGGCAUCGUCUGGUUCAUCUUCUGCGGCAGUUGUUGGAGCUACUACUGCACCAGGGUCAGGGUCAUCACCACAUAUCGACGCAUCCAAUACUGAUCCCGCAUUAUCCACGACGCCCUCGGCAACUGCAGCUGUUCACAAGUACAAUCUGAAGCAAAUUUCUCAAACAAAGAGAGCCGAACAGAAUCGAAAUGCUCAACGGGCAUUUAGGCAACGGAAGGAAAAGUAUGUGCAAGACUUGGAGGCCAAAUCACAAGAGCUAGAAGAGUUGAAGAGCAAGUUCAAAAACUUGAAUAAUGAAAACGUACAAUUAAAAGACUACGUGAUGAUUUUGCAAAGGAAAAUUAUUGAGUUGACCCAGGGUAAGGAUAUGGACCAUUCUCAUGAUGGAUCUAUUUCGAAUCCAUUUGGUACAAAGUAG